UACUCGCAUUCAAAAAACUUAUGCAAAAGUCAGAAACUGAAAAAAGAUAUUUUGUAAGAAUUAUGAUAGUUGGAAAGGAAUCAGCUGGAAAAACGUGCCUCAUGAGAAGAUUGUUGAAUGAAAGCAUAUCGGAUGUUACUAGUACAGAUGGUGUUGAUAUUGUUUUUCGUAGAUGCAAAAUCAACAUAGAAGAUGGAAAAUGGACAAUCGGCCAAGAAAUUGAUGACAAGAAAGAACGGAUGGAUAGAGCACUUAGUCCAAAUGGGAAAACAAAAAUGGAUGAUAUAGAAAGUACUAAAAGAACAAAAGUAUCAACUAAAUUAACACAAUCAGAAAAUAAUGUACUAGUUAAUAAGUCAGUUGACGUUAACAAUGGCUAUCCGAUGGAUAUAACAGCUGAUGACCUAGCUGAUAACAGAGACGAUGCAACUAUGCAGGUAGAUCAGAUAAACUAUAGUACUAUAAAUCAUUCUGAUAAUACGGAUUCUAAUAAAAUAGACAGAAAAAAUGGCAUGAAGGUAAAUAUGGAUAAAAAUCAGUCUUCCUUAUUGGUUAUGCCUAAGGAUUUGAUGGCUAAUGUAUUUACUAAGUCAACUGCAAAAACUCCACAAAACCUAUAUGCAUGAUGUGAAUUAUGGGACUUUGCAGGGCAAAAAGAAUUUUAUGCUACACAUCAAGCAUUUUUGACAAAUAGUGCAGUAUACCUAGUAGUUGCAGAUAUGAAGGACGACAUAUUAAGUGAAGAAGCAGAACCGAAGUGUUCUGCAGAUUUUCGGCACAUUGGAGAGUAUGUUGAUUUUUGGUUUGAUUCUAUCCACUGCCAUCGAACAACCAACGAACAAGAUAGUUCUGGUAACUACGACCCUCCUAUUUUAUUAGUUUUCACUGGAAAGGAUAAAU